GUGAUUAAGCAUCGCCAGCCCUUUCCCAGUUUUGAUGAUGCAACAGCAAUGUUGCAGGACGAGGAAGAACGUCUAAAGAAGGCGAUCAAACCGAACCCUACACAUGUUGAUCACUCCUCAUCGUCAACUGUCCUGGCUGUUUCUGAAGCUCCACCCGUCAACAACUUCCAACGAUCAGGAAAUCAACAGUUUCAGAACAGAGGCCGUGGCAAGGGAAACAACAAGUUUCGUGGAAGAGGCCGGUCGUCAUACAACUCACCACGUCCAUCUUACCAGUCCACUCCAUUCAACGCUUGGAACAGUCCAUUCUACCCGCCACCAUACCCGAUGUGGCAGCAGCCGUGGGGGUUUCCGCCUCAACUAACAGCUGCAGGAGGCAGUGGUUAUGGGGUUCUUGGACCACGACCUGCUUACAACACACCACACAACAACACUCAAAAUGUUGGAGGGAACAAGUAUGAAAGCACAGCAGAUUUUGCCCAGGCAUUCAACACGCUGACACUGCAAGAUCCCACCGAUUCCCAGUGGUACAUGGACUCCGGAGCUACCGCUCACUUAACGUCAGGCUCAGGACCUCCACACCAAGGAGACACUUCUCCGCAGUGAUAGCACGGGCGACCUCUAUCCAGUUUUUUCUACAUUCAAUAAGAGCCAAGCUCAAGCUUCGGCGUUUCUCGCUCAAUCGUCUGAAAUUUGGCAUCAAAGAUUAGCUCACCCUAGCAAUGAUGCCUUAAGGACGUUAAUUUCCUCUUCUUAUUUUCAGUCAAAUAAAAAGACUCUCCCUUUGUCUUGUAAUGCUUGUCAGCUUGGAAAACAUGUUAAGCUUCCUUUUUAUUCUUCCACAUCUUCUGUUUCUUCACCUUUUGAAAUAAUACAUUCGGAUUUGUGGACCUCAUCUAUUCCUAGCAUAUCGGGAAUUCGUUAUUAUGUUCUUUUCUUGGAUCAAUUCUCUCAUUUCUUGUGGGUUUAUCCUCUUCGUAACAAGAGUGAUGUCUUCUCUAAAUUUUCACAAUUUCAUAGCUAUGUGAAAAAUCAUUUUAAGACCAAUAUUCGGUCUCUCCAAUGUGACAAUGGA